GACUCACCCAAGCUGGGUCUGCUCAUGGUGCUUCUUAGCAUCAUCUUCAUGAAUGGAAAUCGGUCCAGUGAGGCUGUCAUCUGGGAGGUGCUGCGCAAGUUGGGGCUGCGCCCUGGGAUACAUCAUUCACUCUUUGGGGAUGUGAAGAAAUUCAUCACUGACGAGUUUGUAAAGCAGAAGUACCUGGACUAUGCCAGAGUCCCCAGUAGUAAUCCCCCUGAAUAUGAGUUCUACUGGGGCCUGCGCUCUUACUAUGAGACCAGCAAGAUGAAAGUCCUCAAGUUUGCCUGCAAGGUACAAAAGAAGGAUCCCAAGGAAUGGGCAGCUCAGUACCGAGAGGUGAUGGAAGCGGAUUUGAAGGCUGCAGCUGAGGCUGCAGCUGAAGCCAAGGCGAGAGCCGAGAUUAGAGCUCGAAUGGGCAUUGGGCUCGGCGCGGAGAACGCUGCUGGGCCCUGCAACUGGGAUGAUGCUGAUAUUGGACCCUGGGCCAAAGCCCGGAUCCAGGCGGGAGCGGAAGCUAAAGCCAAAGGCCAAGAGAGUGGCAGUGCCAGCACCGGUACCAGUACCAGUACCAAUAACAGUGCCAGUGCCAGCACCAGUGGUGGCUUCAGUACUGGUACCAGCCUGACCGCCACUCUCACAUUUGGGCUCUUCGCUGGCCUUGGUGGAGCUGGUGCCAGCACCAGUGGCAGCUCUGGUGCCUGUGGUUUCUCCUACAAGUGAGAUUUCAGAUAUUGUUAAUCCUGCCAGUCUUUCUCUUCAAGCCAGGGUGCACCCUCAGAAUCCUACUCAACACAGCACUCUAGGCAGCCACUAUCAAUCAACUGAAGUUGACAGUCUGCAUUAAAUCUAUUUGCCAAAAAAAAAAAA